GUGCUACCUCUUACUUCUAAAUCUGGUUCAAACUUGGCAACCCAAAUCUCUUUCUCACAAAACGAAUUUCAAGAGGGGGUCAAAAACCAAGUGGUUGUUCAAGAUCCAGAAGCUGGCCCAGGCCCAGUAACCCAAAUCUAUAGAGAGGAGCAAACUAUUAUUCAAAAG